GAGCUUUUACCGCGAUCUGCUCUUUCCGUCACCGCAAUCUGCUUCUUCUAUUCAUGGAAACUAUAACAUGGAUUUUGCCAUGAUUUCCGCAAACGCUGGCAAGAACGCUGGUUCGAGAAAAAUCUUCGACGCCCUCCAAAUCGGCGGCGGCCAUUUUACGAAGACUGAGUUCGAACUGCGGGACCUGGACGGCAGCGGCGAAAUUGACUCCCAGGAACUGCUGCUCGCGGUGCUGAUGGGAGACAAAUUCCAGACCGAGAACGGAAAAGCGAAAAUCGAGGAUGUCACCGCGCUGCUGCAGACGCUGGAACACGAUACUGGGUUGAAAGGUUUAGCAGGACGCAGUGACAAUAAUGGGAAUCUGUCCCCAGCACAACUGAAGGACAUGGUGGGCGAUUACGACAUUGACGGUAACGGGAAUCUGUCUCCAGCAGAGCUGAAGGUCAUGUACCAGAUGCUGGUGAAAGAGGAUGGCGAUGGUCAACCCAAUCCAGACGUACGGAUAGGCAUCGACAGCGAUGCGCUAGGCAUUGCGAAUGCCCUCGUGGGAGACCAGCAGAAGGAGCUGACGGAGCCAGAGUUGAGGACGUACGAUUUGGACGACGACGGGAAAAUGUCGCUGGAAGAACUGAAGGUGAUGCACACGCUUCGAGACAACGGCGGCAAGAUAACUAUUGACGCGCAAAAUCCAGAAAAAGCGAAGAUCCCACAGGGCCUGCAUCCUUCCGGAGGAACAUGGGUCCAGUUCAGAAGCAUCGACAGCAACGGCCGAAGCCUGAGCCUAGAGGAAAUCACAGCGGCCGUGCGGCAGCCAGCAGUUUCUGCGGACCACAUCACCAGCUACGAACCCACGGACGUGAGCACUUACCGCAAGCUGCUCCUUCAGGUUCAGUCAACCUCAGAGUCCUAUGGCUUUGAAGAUAUUUCAUCCGCAGACGGUAAGGCGCAUCCAGGUAUGAACAAAAUCCUCGACGCCCUUCAGAUCGACGGUGGCGAUUUUACGAAGACUGAGUUCGAGCAGCGGGACCUCAACGGCGACGACAAAAUUGACUCCCGGGAACUGAAGGUCGCGGUGCUGAUGGGAGCUAAGUUCCAGACCGGGAACGAAGCGAAAAUCGAGGAUGUCACCGCACUGCUGCAGACGCUGGAACACGAUACUGGGUUGAAAGGUUUAUCAGGACGCAGUGACAAUAAUGGGAAUCUGUCCCCAGCACAACUGAAGGAUAUGGUGGGCGAUUACGACAUUGACGGUAACGGGAAUCUGUCUCCAGCAGAGCUGAAGGUCAUGUACCAGAUGCUGGUGAAAGAGGAUGGCGAUGGUCAACCCAAUCCAGACGUACGGAUAGGCAUCGACAGCGAUGCGCUAUGCAUUGCGAAUGCCCUCGUGGGAGACCAGCAGAAGGAGCUGACGGAGCCAGAGUUGAGGACGUACGAUUUGGACGACGACGGGAAAAUGUCGCUGGAAGAACUGAAGGUGAUGUACAGGCUUCGAAACCAAGGGGGGGAGAUCGACGCGAACGACAUCCCAAAAACUCUGCACCCUCCAGUAACAUGGGACUCCGUGAAAAGCAUCCACGGCGACGACCAAAAGCUGAGUCUCGAGGAAAUUACAGCGGCCGUGCGGCAGCCAGCAGCCUUGGAGCAGGGCAGCAGCUACCACGAAACAGAGGAGACCACGUACCGCAAGCUCCUUCAUUCCGUCACAGAUUAUGGCUACAGCGAUAUUUCCCAUCAGGGUGGCCAGGGUGGCAGCGAACCGCAGGCCGACAUGAAAAAAAUCUUCGACGCCCUUCAAAUCGACGGCGGCGAUUUUACGGAGGACGAGUUCAAUCAGCGGGACCUGGACGGCAACGGUAAAAUCAGUGGAACUGAGCUGCAGGCAGCGGUGUUGAUGGGGAAGCAUUUCCAGGCUGGGGACGGGGGCCAGUCAGGUACAGAUAUACAGGAGACUAUAGGGAACGUACAGGCUCGGAUGGCUCUGCUGGACAGCCGGUAUGACAGCAUCAACGACGACGUGAAGCCAUACGACUUCGACGGUAAAGACGGGAUCUCUCCAGCGGAACUGAAAAUCAUGUUCAUGAUGGGCGGCGGUAUCUUGAGUCAAAACGCGCUCCCACUGAUUACUGACGGUCAUCCUUUUUUUGCUGCCACAAAGAUAGAUCUCUGCCUAGUUUUUACGCAGUGCACCAUCUUGCUAAGGGAAAGCGCAUUGGCGUUCGCAUGCAUGAUCGCGCAUCGACGUGUAGUCCUAAGUCUGCAUAAUUGAUGUCGCAGCUCCGUACACUAACUUCCAGCUGACUGGUCAACUGUGCCAAGUCUUUGCUCCUUUUGAUGCGUAAGCACUACGAGCUGCAUAGUAUCAGGCACAGGGCGCUUUUCCGCAUUACAAACAACCAAAAACACGAGUUGGAUAUGAGGACAAUGAAGGACCAUGAUAAAACGAAGGACGUAAUCAACCAGCUCUGCGACGGGCAGGCUUCUUGCAAUAUUGAUAGCCUCGCGGAACUCAAGACCUACGAUUUCGACGCCGAUGGCAAAUUGUCCCUUGCCGAGCUCAAAGUUCUUCGAGAGCUGGAGUCGAAUGGUGGACAGCUUGCUCCUGCUAAGAUGUGGAAAUGCGUACGCACCGUCAUCUGUUGUAUCAAAACCAUCUAGUUGCUUCCGCAUCCGCUGUCUAGAUGAAGACUCGAAGUCAGAAAAAAGGCGGCGCUUCUUGUGCCCACUUUGAAGUAAACAUGUGCCUGUGCGAGAGUGGGUGGCACCGUUUCUGCCGUUCAUUGCAAAUACUUGGAGAUUCUGAUUUGGGACCUUGACCUUGAUGCGCAGUGUGAGUGUCGUUCUAGGAGCUGGUCUUAGAGACAGAGAAAAGGAAGUCGAACUUCUGGUGCAUGAUAGAUGAUGAUGUCUGAUGAUGCUGCUCAUUUUAUUCCCGGGAUACAGUGUAAGAUACAGUUACGGCUUCUGAGUGAUCUGUUUCCCGAUUCUUCACUCGACGACAACGACUAUUGGAAAAGCUUCACCGGGGUAUCGACCAACGACGCCGACACCAACUGGAGCAAAGAAGAAAUUCUUCUUGCUGCGCGGCAGGCUCCGCCGGACGACUACGGCAGCACGCAGUACCACAAGCUCCUAACGGGGCCGACUGGGUCGUCGAUUGAUCUUGCAGCUGUGAACGACGAGCACAACGACAAACUUCGACAGAUGUUGCAAAUAGACGGGCCAGCAUCCCCGCUCACAGCAGAAGACUUCAAUAUGCGCGACCUCAACGGCGACGGCGAAAUUGACUCCCGUGAACUGCAGGUCGCGGUGCUGAUGGGAGGUAAGUUCCAGACCGUCGAGGACGUCACCGCGCUGCUGCGGACCACGCUGAAAGACGACACAUCAAAGUUGGCAGAUUUAGCAGCAAGCACCGUGGCCGUGGGCGAUUACGACAUUGACGGUGACAAGAAUCUGUCCCCAGCAGAACUGAAGGUCAUGUACCAGAUGCUGAUCGACGAGAGUGGCCAGACCGGUGGUCCUGAUGAGUAUAUCAACUGCAAAUAUGUCUAACUGGAAGAGUGCCAGACUUGUCAUGCAGGUUUUUCAUGACCCAUCCCCAUGACCAUAAGGUCAGGUAUGGAGGACAUAGAAUGACAGAAUCUGUGAGAGUUCUAUCAUACUAUCAUACCUAUCCUGCUGCAUGAGAAACUAAACUGCCUCUCGAUUAGGUCAAAAGUGGACAUCUUUUGGGAAUCAUGCAGCACAGAUUUUUACAUGAUUCAGAUAUAGCAUGACAAGUUGCUUUGUUCCAGACCCACACAUUUUUGCAGUUGACAGACUACAUUGACAUCGACAGCCCAGACAACGAUGACGACGCCGUGCUGCUCGCGAAUCAGCUGCUCCCGAGCCCUGGCCAAGCCAAUACGUUCACCAACGACGACCUCCGUCUGUACGACGUCAACAACGACGGGAAAAUGUCCCUCGAGGAGCUGAAGUUGAUGCACGAUUGGCACACUCGGUCGUAUCGCAGCGGAAUGGAUACCGCAGCUAUGCGGAGCCGCUUCGACGAAAAACUUGACUUCUCUCCCACGAUACAAUUCGACCCAAACUACGAUAUCAACAACGACAAACACUUCUCCCCCGCUGAACUGAAGUAUCAUACGUAGAAACUACUACUACGUCUUCACCCCAGACGAGGCAAGAUGGGAAUUUUGCAACACAUAUUCAGAAGCUUCGUGAGUCACGCACGACGAAUUGCAGUGGUCUGUAGUGUAGUGCAGGUUAGAAGCAGGAGAAGUUGCUCAAAUGUAAAGCCAUCUACAGUCUCAAAGCACGACAGAAAUUCCAAAGCUCGACUAGAAACGCGUCUCAGUAGGGUGCGCAUUACAAAUCUUCCUUUAUUGGAUGUAAAUCCGCAUGACUAUGACAUCAACUCCGGGGUGGGGACGCUUUUCCUCAGGAUAUCAAGGCCAUGCGUCUUAUACAGACAAACCAGAACUCCGGGAGCGGGACCGCACCGAAUUCCGCUAUUCUGUGUAAAAACGUCUCCACCCCCGAGUCAAGACGCGGCUUCUGGUGGACAAAUCCAGAAGUUUCUAGGAGGUUUCGAUGGCAAGUGCUCAUGACAAGAAGCGCAGUCGUGCUCACCUAUCACACAUGCAUUACAAAUAUGUCCGGGUCUGGAAGAUGCCAAAUUGCUGACGCGUACUCGUCGGGUUUACACAAAAGUCUGUGUUGCGUAACCUUCAAGAGCACCACGAUUUUUUCUGCCUCCAAAGCGGACUCCUCAUGCGGAAUAGGCAUGGAGACGCCCCCCAAACCAUUUGCGUGAUCAAAAAGAUGCAUUCCGAGUGAUGUACCUAAUCUUCCAGAACCAGACAUAUUAUUGGCAUGUGAUACCACAGCGAGCCGUCUCCUUUUAUGCAGACAUAGAGCAUACCAGCACAUUGAUUCACAAAUAUUCGAAUUGAUUGACUAGGAGUCCUAGUACACUAGCCCAAAUAGUAUAGCAUGCCUCAUUUUUUUCGAAGAGCCGCGCGAAGAGUUACUUAAUACAGCACAUGCACGAAGAUGUGCAUGACAAGUCUCGAGCGUAGAGGACGUUCUUGGACAGGAUACCCCCCAGCGAGCUGCUGGUCGUGAUGGAUCAGCUUAGCCAGGAAAGCGGAUACCCAAGAAAAAAACUGUGUGGAUGUAACUUUGUGUUGCAGUUAGGUUAUCAUGCAGCUGCUCCAACUGUCAGUCCAGCUACACGACGAAGUUGGGCAACUAGUCGCCCUUCGAUUUCGCCCUGCCAGUCCAGCAAUAGUGAUAGUUUUAUACUAGUACAACUGUUUUUUCUUCUUGGAUAUCGAAAGUCAUACACGUCCGAUAACCGACCAAGAUACCACGAGGGCGAUGUCACGCGACGACUUCAACCUGUACGAUGUGAAUGGAGAUAACGACAUAACCCUAGCCGAGCUGCAGGCCAUGCAAAAAUUUAUUACAGUGAAAAAGCCCGUCAUUCCUAUUCCAUGAACUACUGCCCCUGGACAGGCAAACAUAUAAAAGGUCAACGUGCGGCUCGCAAUAGCAUCGCGACGUAGACAAGACACAAGGGGGAUUGCAAUAACCAUUUUGCAGGUCUUGUAUGAUGUCGGAGGCUUGAUUUCGUCUGCGUCUCGUCCCUGUGCGCUGCCGUCUGGGUUUAGUUGUUGAACCGCACUUGCGGUUGCGUCCCGUCGCGCUGCCAGAAGUGUUUUAUAGUACUUUUACUCCGAAAGUGGGGGAGGUUCUAGGGGCCGGGUCGCCGGGCCCGUCCAGCUCGUGCGCAGAAUUUCGCUUCGGAUGUUUCGCUUCUAGAAUUUGAGAGCCUGUCAGGAUAGUCUUUCGAAAACUCACUCCCGAUGAAGCACUCCGCAAAACAGAGCCGGGCUUCUGCAUUGAGGCCGCCCCGGGGACGCCUGCAAAUUCUAGGCGCUCCGCCGUUUUGCGCCGGAAGUGGCUUCGGGGUGUCGACGCCGCGCGCGCUUUGUUCUCAUUGGCAGUUGCCCAAACGAGGCCGCGAAGACAGGCCGCUGGGGCCGCCCGGUGGUGGAUUUAGUUCCAGUGGCAUCUCGUUGCCUACGUGCACACUUGCUCACUUCGCAGAAAAGUUGCUCCGCCAGCGCCACCGUGGCGCGCGCGUUACACUGUGGCCCUCUGUUUCACUUGUCGCUGCUCGGCCGCGUCAAUAUUGCUCCCACCCUGUGGCGCCCCCUUCGAUUUCAGGGGCAUUUCGUUGCCUACAUGCGCACUUGCGCACUUUGCAAAAAAUCUUUACCGCCGUGCUAUCGCGUCACGCACGUUACACGACGGCUCUCUGCUUCGCUGUCGCCCCCGUUGCGUGUCGGUAUCCGUGCACGAAAAGCCUUGCCGCUUUGGGUCGCAGGAAGGCUCCCUCCAGCUAGGUACGGUGCCCGUCAGCUAAGUAGCCCCGAGAGGGGCAAGGCGCACGCUGGCUCUGGCCCUUCGCCACGGCCAGCGGCCGUCGUGCCCUCGGAUGGGGGGCAGCGCUCUGGUGUGAUCCGGCUAGGGGGCCACGCAGCCCGAAAGGGUGGCUAUAUAGGUCCACCCAGGGGGUUCUUGGAAUUGCGAAGAAAGGGCGGCGGGGUGUCGCGGCGUCGGAGGUGGCCCGGGUGUUGGUUCGGCGCAGCCAGUCCUGUCUCCCUCUCGGCGCCCGGGGUUCCGGCCCCUGUCGUCGAGCGGGCUCUCGGUAUUUUUUUCCUGUUGUUACUGCGUGCGCGGCGCCCGAAGCGCUUUUUUUAUCGUAUCCCAGCAAGCGAAGCCGCGCGCCAUCGUGUAACGGGCGUUACACGAUGGCGAAGCCGCACUUGCGGUUGUACUCGCGAAGCCGCACUUGCGGUUGUGAACUCGUCGCGCUGCCUGAAGCGUUCUGACUACUUUUUCGGGCAGGCAUGCAGUGACCAAAACUUAGUUUCUUGAUGUACUUCUAUGGUAUCUUUCGGGAGAGUUCGAUGCGUCUUUUGUCUGGUGGCGGGCUGUUGAUUUCAUUGUGAUACAACUCAAGUCUGAUCCCAAGCAUGACGAUGCCGGCGUCCUCGACGCGAUCCGAGCCUGCGUUCCUGACGCCACGACUGCUAUUAUGCAGAGAAAAAAGGGCUACGGCAGUAACACAGUUUGUUGCAGAUGAACAAAAGAGCCAGACAGAAACGUUCCGUCUUUGAUAGGCUCAACAAGAUCAUAGUUUCGUUAGUGUGUAUGUAGUUUGUCUUCCCGUCAGUUACUACAGGUUUUUCUUCGAUCACACAGUGCAGCGGUUCUACCCUAGUACAAACCCAGAACCGGCUGAAAAACGCCCGGGUGUAUAUAUUUUGCAUUUUCCUGCACCUGGACGGCGUCGAAAGCCUGAUGCCAUACCAUACGACGCAGACCAAGUAGUGUGUGUCUGAGUCUGUCAUGAAAAAUUGACACACGUGUGUAAGUAACCGGUGUGUGCAGCCCUGUGCGCGUUUUUGUGUGGAUAGCUAUGCAAAAGAAGAAGAAGAACAGAGUGCCUGCGCCCAGGCCACAUUCAAGAACCGUCAUGCGCAGUUUUGCAUUUGGCAGUGGUCACUAACACCAAGCAAGACUAAGGUGCUUGUUCCGAGUUAGGUUCGAUUACAAGUCUUGCCGAGCCGCCCUAAUGACUUUUGCUGGACUCCUCUUGUUAGAGUUGACUAACGUAAAGAUGAACCGAGCCUCGGCGACGGACAGAUUUGCAUGGGUGGCACCAAAGUCUCGCUUAUUUAUGCAUCUCAGCCUACUUGCAGUUGCAUGCAAACUUGAGUUUGUCAUUUCCACACCGAGACUACAGCCGGAACAGGUUCAGUGAAUUGACAGCAAUAUGUUGGCCUGGCUGUUUUUGUUUGCUCUUCGAUGGCGGAUGCGGAAGACCUCAAAACGUACGACUUAGACGACGACGGGAGAAUUUCAUCUGCUUAUCAGAUUCGAGCCGGUUCUUGUUUCCACCCAAGCACCAUCCAGCGUAGGAUCAAUCAUGAACGCCGACUAGAAGUGAAACAUAUAAACAAGUAGAAUUCACUGUACUGGUUCUCGGCGAACGUAUUUAGCACUGGUCAGAACUUUACGAGGAUGGAAUGGCAUGGGAAUGAGAAAGAGCUUUCAAUUUGAUGCUGCUGAGCUGAAGACGCUGCACGACUUCCACCAGGGAACUGCGGACCCGGAGUAUGACAUUGAAGACCCGAAAGCAAAGGCAAUCAUAAAGGGUUUGCAGGCGGCAGACUGCGACGCGCGUGCCGGGGGUACAACACAACAAGUGAGCUCCUACGACAUAAACGGCGAUGGAAAACUGUCGCUCGCAGAGCUUGAAGUUGCCAGCACGAUCGAAUUAUCAAAUGUAAAAAUGUCUGGGUCUGGAAGAAUGCAACUUGUGAUGCUGCGUUUCGAUGCCUAAAAAAUUUGUGUUGCAUGAGCAGCAAACGGAGUCUAAUUUUUGCUACGCGGAGAGGACAUUUGUCAUGCGGAAUGGGCAUCAAGAAUCCCUCAAAAAACCUGUGAUGCUAGGGCAUGCAUUACAGGCAUCAUGGGUCAUGAGAAAUAUGCAUGACAAAUCUUGCAUUCUUCCAGACCCAGACAUUUUUGCAUUUGAUACGAAUUUGAUGACAACGGCCUGAAGGAAGCGAACGCGGUCCUACCAGCAGUAUCAAAUGUAAAAAUGUCUGGGUCUGGAAACUUGUGAUGCUGGGUGGCGUCUCAUGAUGGGGCCACAAAUGCUGGCUCAGCAUGACAAGUUUCUGAGCGUCUAGGUGUUGCCUAUUUUGCAUGACAAACUGCGUUCCUGCAUCACAGAAAAGUGGAGCUCUUGGGUAACGGCAUGACAGAUUUAAGGGUCAUGCCAGACAAGCAUGACAAACAUGCAUUCUUCCAGACCCAGACAUUUUUGCAUUUCAUAAGCAGGAAACACGAACAGUUUCGCUUCUGUGCAGGAGAUGUGGAAAUAUGACAUAGACGACGACAACAAGCUAUCACACACGGAGCUGAAGCUUAUGUACAAACUUCAGACCGGGGGCGGCGAGCUCGAUUCUGCUACAGAUGCCGCACUGCUGCACGAUCUGGACAAAGACUUCAAUUGGCAAUCGUCCACCAUCAAAACGGCGGAUGGACAUAUCGCAAGAAAAAACUGUUCACUCUAAACCUGUAAUGCAGAAAAUGCAUCGCCGAUGUGUCUGUCUUGCUACGCAUGCAAGACAAGUAAUAUCUACCCGUGUUUUCCCUCAGGAACCUCGCAUGGCAAGUUUUCUUUGUCAUGUGUAACGAAGUUGUAAUGCAAAACUUGCAAAACCAAAAUCCUCACAGUGAAACACUUUUUUCGUACGAUAGGAAACGCUGCGCAUGCGGAAACGUGGAGUCUUAGCGAAAUCGUUCUUGCUGCCCGGGACCCAGGAGACCAGGGCGGCGCGCAGCCGGCGGAUGCGGAGUCGGCUUUUCAAAAAGCCUUAUCGGGUGAGGCGAGCGCGCUGACGUGGCACCAGGUCGCAACUCCGGAGGGCAAAAUGCCCAGCGCCGGGGCGUAUCAAAUGCAAAAAUGUCUGGGUCUGGAAGAAUGCAUGUUUGUCAUGCUUGUCUGGCAUGACUCUUAAAUCUGUCAUGCACGUUACCCAAAAGCUCCGUUUUUCUGUGAUGCAGAGCCGCAGUUUGUCAUGCAGAGUAGGCAACACCUAGGAGCUCAGAAACUUGUCAUGCUGAGCCAGUAUUCGUAGCCUCAUCAUGAGCCGUCACCCAGCAUCACAAGUUUCCAGACCCAGACACUUUUACAUUUGAUAGGGCGGGUGGGUCGGACAUGCAGAAGAUCUUCCGCACCCUGGACAUAUCCUGUGCAAAAGUAUCGUACUCGUAUUGCAAUAAUGCUUUACAAAUCUUUUCCCUAAGGUAAAUCAGCAUUGCAAAUUUUAUUUCUCAUGCUGAGGAAAUUUGUAAUGCAUUUAUACGAUUACGAGUACGAUACUUUUGCACUGCAUAGGACAUGGGCGGCGACGAAACCCUCUCGCGUUCGGAGUUCCUGAUGCGCGACCUCAAUGCCGACGGGAAAGUGGAUCACGAGGAGCUGCGGGUGGCCGUGCUGCUCGGCAACAACCUGCAGGAUCGUGACGACAUGAAUUUCUUGGAGGUACAGCAGAAGAUCGAUCAUGACUUGCCGGACAAUCUCAGGAACCGCGCCUUAUGCUGUGCAAAAGUAUCGUACUCGUAUUGUACUCGUAUUGCAAUCUUGCAUUACAAUUUUUUUUCUAUAUAGGUAAAUCCGCAUUACAAAUUUUAUUUCUCAUGUUGAGGAAACUUGUAAUGCAUUUAUACGAGUACGAGACUUUUGCACAGAAUACUCCUUGAAUUACUACGAUUUGGACGACGACGACAAGGUUUCACAGUGGGAGUUGCAGGUUGUGGCGGACAGAGCCGGUUGCGCACCAGCGAAGGACAACGCUCCCGCCAAGGACUUCACCGUAUGAAAAUGCACAACUCCUUGUGCCCCUCUUUUGAUCGAACAGCACGGAACUGCGGAAAUGUGGGCUUUUGCAUAACGACGAGUCUGCACACGACGGAGUAUACUUAGCUAGUAAGUACAACUGCUUGUUGAUAAGGCUCCAAAAUUUGGCAGGCAGGCUGUGAUUAUGAAUUGAAAAUAGGGGAGAUGUGCAUGUGUUUCUAGUGUUUUGCACUGCAAAUGGCUCGGAAGGUACUAGGGAGUUAUGCACUCUCAUACACCGUUGGUGCCGCCCUCCUCGCGAAGUUUCACGAGGGUGGCGCCAUACACGCCAAUGAAAAGGUUAUCACAGGAAAAAAGUCUUACAGGUACUACGCAUUUGUUGGACUUUCAGCAUCACAAAGUUGCUCUGCAUGGCAAAGAAAACUUGGCAUGCGCAGACUAUAGGAGAGAACACGAAUGAAACGACCCUGGCAAGCAUUUCCUGCAUGACAGAGGUCGUCUGUCUUGCUUGUCUUGGAUUAAAGUGUGUAACUGUAACACUUUUUGCGCACGAUAAAGGUUAUCAGCAAAGCGGAGUUCGACACAAUUCCCGCGGGCGAUCUUCCCGAAAACGUGCCGAGUGACUGGGACGACUUCGCCCGUGAGGCGGACGGUGACCACUCGGGCGACGUUACUACUUUCGAGCUGCAGCAGUUCUUGCUGCGGAACAAAGGCAGUCCAGUGAUCCUCCCACCGUAUCAUGUGCAAUACAUAGGUCUGGGUCUGGAAGGUUCUUCUAAACUUGUCCUGCAGUUGCAGAAUCUAGACUUAUUCUUGCCCCUGUCUGCGUGCGAGAAGGUGGGGUCCGGAAUGCAGGACCUAACACGACGACAGAAUCUACUGUGCGAAUUGUGCCUUUUUAUAUAUAUGUAUAUCCACCUCGGUGCUGAGAAAGUGAAAAGUGAGCAACUUUUGGCAAUCGCGCAGGACAGAUUUUUGUUGGGUGACCCACAGGACGCAUCAGAAGUCUGCACUCUUCCGCACCCAAACAUAUUUGCGAUGCAUACGCCGGAAGCAAUGCCAAUCUACCGUACGAACCCGGGGGGUGGCCCGAAUCCACAAAUCCCCUGGGCGACGGCCUUGGCCUUGGGCGGUACUGCAACCUAUGCAUCCCACCACAUGGGUCUUUUCAGUUCGCAGCAACCCCGCAAGCCGCAAGUGAAGCGGCGACACGAGGACAAAGCCGCGAGUUUUCUGGAGCACCAAGGCGACGUUGCUGUGGACGACCCGGAGAGUCGUGGGAGCUUGCAUGGGGACUCCCCUGGAGUUGCAGUGCCCCCACGGGUGCAUGUGACGGGCACGGGACCGCACUCCGUGUCGAUCGGGGAUGAGGAGCGUCGCAAAACGAAGGCCACAAAAGGGGGCAUCAUGACCUCUACAACUUCCGGGGAAAAAUUUUUUGAACAAACCGAGACAACAGGAGAACAAGGCAGCACCUCCUCCGGGGACGAGGGAUUUUUCGAGCCCGAAUCUGCAGCAGAACACGCCACCUCCUUUCAAGACGUCAGCCAAGCAGCGCUUGGUGCACCGCCAGACCAAAACUACGUAAUGACGCAACCACGCGAAGAAGAAGAAGAACCUCUCGUCGCAGAAGCAGCGGAAUCUUUUUACCUCAGCGAGCCGACGCCCGCUCGGCUACGCGGCACGGCUAGAAACCGGAAAAGCCUUGUUGCUGCGCCACCACAGAUUCCAGCCGACCCGGAUGCGAGUAUAAUUACCAUGGCAGGCGUAAGUGAAAACGAAGGUGGGGGAAGUGAAAAACUUGCAACCCAGUCCGCAGUCGAGAUGUUGGAACUACCACCCAAUGAAGCAGUUUUGUCUGGUGCCUCGAGCGGCCCCGACCAGGACUUUCCGGUCGACACAGAUAGUACGUCCUUCCUGGCCGUUAUCCCGAGGGAAAAAACGUACCCACCUUACCAUGGUCGAAAUGGAAACAAGUCCGAAGCUUUUAUUGUACAUGUGCAUGAUCUACUUCUAGUUCUACCCUUCUUGUGUGUCCUCAAGCGAUCUGCGGCCUGGGGCAGAGCCGGGCAAACAAGGCUCCAGAGCGCCCAGCCACCGGGAUAGCUCCGACUCUGGGCAUAAUCAGGGUGCUCCCAAGGCCGUGACUCCCCUGAUUAGCAGCCUUCCGAUAUGUUGAAACUGAAAGCGCGAGAAGGUCUGCACAGGAAUUCAGGUCUGGUAGUCACUUCUACCGGACUAGGUGGUCUCCCGCGUCCCUGUCGAUUGUUGUGUUUUUUUUCUGUUAUCUUAGUGUCCGCUGGUUGUUCUGUGCGCCUAAUGGCCCGUCCGUUGCGUCCUCGCUAUAUUGGCACCCCCCCUGCCAAUCACUAUGCAUACACAGGAAGCCCCUUGGGUUUAGGGUUUAGGGUUGAAAAAGCCCCGAAGUUGUCGGAAAGGAUGUUUCUUCUAUGUCGAUGGACAAUGUGCCUGGCAAACUAAUCGCUGACCAUUCCCAGGGCUGAGCUCUGUUGUCGUUGUGUAGUUUCUUGGGUCCGUGUUGAUUCUUUAUCGUCGUUAAGGUUCUUCUUGGUUGAGGGGCCAAGCGCCUGGCAAACUAACCACUGACCAUUCCCAGGCCCGAAGUUUCGUUUUGUCGUUAAUCCCUCAGAAACGUUCAGGCUCCUCGAGGGAUCAGCAUCGGUGGCUGCGGCCAAAUCAGUCUGCCUCAAGGGGCGGGCCGCUACCUUUUCCACGGCUUGAGUGGCCCUUUAAGGGAUGGAGCUCCGUAUCCGCGUGACCUGUCACUCUUGUUGUUUCUGGAUUUGGUCGUCCUGAUUCGUCCUAGACUCUUAACCCCAUCUGGGAUGUUUUCAAAACCUGCGGUGAGCAAUGAAGGGAUCCCCACGAAUUGGAAUUGAAUGCUCUUGCUACCAAAGCCAAAGCCAAAGUCCUCAAGCGAUCUGCGGCCUGGGGCAGAGGGGGGGGCAAAGUGUGCCGCGAUUCCUUUGGCAUGACAAAUGUGGGGUUGGGUCCGCUUCUUCUUCUUCGUCGUGAAGAUUACUUUUACCAAGCGUGGCCGCAUCAGUAAGUAAGCCACUUGGAGGAAUUGUUUACCUCUAAAAUGUGUUGAGCCAUUGGAUUUAAGAUCUGACAGAUGAGGACGACGAACAGGGGAAGAACAACUGCAUGAAACCAAUUCUGGGCAUUCAAAGCUUCUGCCUGAAGACAACUACUCCACCAGGCUGGGUACUUUUUUGCACAGCAUUACCGUGGGCGAGACAGAGGCUCUCACAUCAUCGCAGGGCGGUGCGGGGACUGGCGCUCCGGCCCGGGAACAAGUCGAGCUUUCCCAGGAAGAUAAACUACCCGCGGUAGGAACGGCAACAGGGCUCCGCGGGACCACCGGUGAAAGGCCGGAUAAUACAUCACGUGGCGUUGGAUCCACCAUGAACGGAGCGGAGGCAGCUAGUUCAGGAGAGGAUCAAGCGAUAACUUCGUCGGGUACGACGUAUGAUCUUGAAAAGCGACCCUACAUCGAACCCAGGAAGUGAAAUAUCUUUGUGAUGGUGCAACCUUUCCCUCCUUUGGAAAUAUUCAUUGAGACACCGGCGACGUGUAUGAUCGUAUCAGCUGCAGGAGAAUCGAUUUUGCACCCUAAAUUUAUAGCAAAAUUAUGUGCCGCAGCACCGCAUUUUUUAUAUUAUACCAAUGUAACUGUACGCGAGAGUGAGAGAUCACUUCAUAUAUCAUUUUGAAACUGCAGAAGCGGCUUAGAUAAUCAUCGCGUGCUGUCUCUCUCGUCGUGCAAUUAAGAAGUUUCUAUCUUCGCAAAAACGUUCAAGCGUGGAAGGCAAAUCCUAGCGCCUCCUGGGAGUCGCGAGGCACUUUUCAUUUUGAUACCACGCUCGCCGCCUCGUUCAGCGGAGGCGGUGACGCACAACAGGCCGAAGUAUAAAAUGCAAAUAUGUCUGGGUCUGGAAGGAUUCAAUUUGUUAUGCUACUUUUGGAAUCUACAUAAAACCUGUAUUGCAUGAACACCAGCAAAAGAGGUGUAAAAAUGUGUGCUACGCGGAGAGGGCGUUUCUCAUACAGUAUGAGCAACAUCAGAAAGCCCUCGCAAAAUCUCUGAUGCUAGGGCAUGCAUCACAGACCUCAUGGGUCAUGCAUAGCGCGAACCAUAGAUCCCUUUAGCUCUCACUCGGAGCCGAAUGGUGAACGAUGAGUGAAGGUAAGGCGCCGAUGACGAGCAGCGGCUACAGCCCUAUGGGAUGAUGGCGGCGACAAAUAGUAACAGUGUCCCAACCCCGAACCCAGCAGUACCGGGUGGCAAGGGGGACGAAAGAAAUCAAUUACAGCAAAGUAAUAGUGUCGAGGAUGACCGCGGCGCGAGGUAUGCUAGCAACAGUAGCAGUAGGGAGAUCGGGCAAGGCGGUUCCGGGCGGGGACCAGUGGCAAACGAGCAGCACGAGACUGCCGGGGCGACAGACAACAAGCAGAUCCCGGAAGGGCAGGACAAGAAGCAGGCCGCGUCGGCGAGAAGUAGCAGUAGUAGCAAUUACGCGCAAGCAAAUCGCCCGCGCACGGGCAAAAUAGAAACCCUGCUGCCACCGCUCGAAGACGACGAGGUUGAGUACGCAGCCACGAACGCGCCGAACUCAGCAGGGCAACGCGCGCAGAGUAGCAGGCCCCCCCCCGGAGCACGGGGCCACAGUAGCCCAGGGAGAAACAAAAACGACCUAAGUUCAAGCGUUCCCCCCACGGAACCGAAGACGAGGGCCCCCCAGAGCCCGAAGCGCCUGAGCAGUGGCGUUGCGCGGGAUGAGGCUUUGUACGCAAACUGGAAAGCUUCGCUAUUUCCGGGGAUCAAGGCGAAACGAGGCACGACAGAGCACGGCCCGGCAGCGGCAAACGUACGACAACAAGAUGGCGAAACGUCCAAUGCCAGCCAGCCAGCAAUAGCGGGACCCCCGCGCGAACGAAUCUCCGCUGCGAGGCAGCACGACGGGAAAGGCGAGGUACCGAGUAGCACCUCGGAACUGCUGCACGCUCCAGAUGGAUCAAGCAGCGCAGGGCAACGACAGGACUCAGCUGAUCAGCCGUCAACGGGAGUUCUUGCGUCGCAGGAGAGCAACAGUAACUCUUCAGCAGCUCCAAAGGAAUCUGGGUGGCUCGACGAGUUAGGCGAGUUGGACGGCGCCGAUUUCCUCUUUGGCGACCAGGCAGGCGACAGCGACAGCGAAGGAGAGGGGCAGGCAGUAAGAUCCCUAAACCACCUGACAUGGAAUCUGAACGGGCUCACGGCAAAAACGGGCAAAAUGACGGAGAACUCGGAACGAUUGCAGUCUGCACUAUAUCAAACAAGAACCACAAGCGCGAUCUCUAUUGAACUGAGAACCCCACUCCUCACGUUGGAUCAGGCAGAACUGAAGAACUCACGCUUCCGCCCGAAGUUGGGCGCUCGAGUCUCAACAGCCACGGACGUGCGGAAGUAUUGCGCGAGCGUCUUCGCCGGGGCGGUCGGCAUAGUGCAGCGGGACUCCCUAAAAGAGCCACCGCUAGCGCAGAUCCGCCGGGAAGUAUUCACUCGCGAGGUCGACGCCGGUUUUCUCAUGAAGGAAGUAACGGAAAAAGAGGACAUCGUUUUGUGGACGACGGCGGAGCUAUCCACCGACCGGGUUUUCCAAUGUGGGCUGUACAGACGCGACACCUAUAUUGCAAAGUACAAAGAGGAAGAACGCGCAACGGUCGCGAAGCAAAUGAAACCGCUGCUGCAAGAACUGGACUCGACAGCAAGGCGCGCUGACCUUCGAAUUUUCGGCGGGGAUAUGAAUGCCGAGUUCUAUGAGGGCCCCGAUGGCGAGUUUUUCUUCGCUCGCGAGAAAGUAGCGCCAGUCAUACAUGAGGAAGUGUUAGCACCCCUCGCCCGCCUCAUGUCCCUCUACACUAAGUACCACUGCCCAGCUGGACCGACUUGCUUCCGCAUUACGCCCAGACGGAUCGACUUUGCCUUAAUAGGAGCUAAAGACGCGAACUCACUGAAGGUGAAACAGAAGAGAGUAAAAGUACCAGCAAACUGGCAAUAUGAGUUCAACAAGAAGCAAACACGGUGCCAGUGGCUAAAGGAAGACGAAACCCCGGACGAACCCGAAACGGACCACCUAGCAAUCCACACAGUAAUCCAGUGGAAGCCGACACAAGAAACAACGGACCAGGUAGCACCCGGCUCGGGACAGAAUAACGCGGGCGCCACAGGUAGAAAGCCGACAGCGUUCAACGCAACCUACGCAGAACGAAAACCGGGCGGGCCCGCAGCUGCAGGCAGAGUCAAGGUCCUGAAGAGCAAGGCGGAAUUUGAGAAGUGCGCCCCCUUCCCUGGAGCCAUAGCCUGGCCAAGGGGGGCAGCGAAGAAGGAACAGCUGGCACCAAUUCUCGAAGCCGCAGAUAUGCCAAGCACCCGCGCGGUAGGCCUUGACGGCAUACCGAACUGGAUCAGAGACUUGCUGAAGGCGGAGUGCCCCAUGAAGGCGAGGAGCUUAAUGAGCGAGCAGAUGGAAGCUUUCUACGGCCGGAAAGGAGGAAGAAAGGCGAAGCGGGAGAAGAACCAGCAACCAGAAGAGCCGAGCCCGAAGGGGGGUGGCAACAGUGCCGAAACCGCCGAUGAAAAGGCCCUGCGGGAGAAGAAAGAAAAGGUGCGCGAGCUAGUAGAAAGAUGGCAGGCGACGUACCCGAAGCUCGAGGAAGACGAAAACGAGGACAGCAUCUACAAAAAGGCGAGGAGGGUCAGAAAGUUGGUAACCGGACAAGCCCGCGGCGAACUUGCGGGAGAGCUCAGUAAGAUCAACAUAGGAACAAAAGAGCAGCCGAACUGGGUGGAAGGAACGGAGAGAGUAGCAGAAGAGGUCGCGUUCUACCACCUGCUCAGAAACGAGUUGAUCCGAGCCGCUGAAGGGCUUGGCCACACCUUCAACAAAACGGAGUUCAGUAAAGCCUUCCAGCAGCUAACGGAUGCGUCGGAGCUUGUCCCUGAAAUCAUCAUCACCGGGCCGCAGUUACGGAAAACCCUUUCAAGAAUGAAUGGCGAGGCCGCCGGAGCCGACGGGAUGCGAGUCGAAGGACUGAAAUCCCUCACCGACAGUCAAUUGCAGGAUGUCGCAGACGGGAUGACCGACUUUCUGCGUAAAGUCGGCAAGGCGAUCAACUCGCCCGGCAAUAUGAGCCAGCUCAUCCCGCACGCUCUGACGGUGUUGCAGGUCGAGACUCUGACGAAAGCGUCGGGGCCGAUCACCGAAGUCAGUAAAUUUCGCACCGUGAUCAAGAAUACCUCAGUCAUGAAGCUCCUCGUAAGCCACCUCACCUACAUCGCAACACGGGUCGCCGAUGUGAGUGACGUAUUCACCCGAUGCGGGGCAGCCGGGAAGCCAGCAGCUUCGUGCACCCUCCAGCUGCUAGAAGUACUCGAAAGCUGCCAUGGCAACGAACUGCGCGACGGCUACGACGACCAAGACGAAAAGAAGGAUAAUAGCAAACCGGAGGCAAAGGCGACAGUCCCACCGCAGCAAACCACCACCAGCAACCCGAGCAAGGAACAGAAGAAAGGAGAAGAACAACAACUGGGGGCAACAGCAGCCGUCAGUAGUAGCAGUCUAACAGAAGAGGCAGCCGAGGCCGCAGUUGAGGUAAUCGAAUGGAUAAAGCUCCUGAUGGGGCUCGACGCCAGCAAUUUCUACAACUGCUUGACAUUGCCAACGGCGGUGCGGUGCAUGAGACGCGCGCGCUUGCACCCGACUUUCAUCAAGCUGAUCAUGCUCACUACGUGGCCGAAGAAGAUCUUCUUGCGGAACGGCGAUCAUUACGGAGAGGUGCGGGCCCACCAUGAUCUCAUCCAAGGCUCCGUAGAGUGUAUGUUGAUCGGAGCAAUAGUCUAUAUGGCCGGCGUCCAGAAGGUAGCCGACUUCUUCGAGGAGUGUUACGACGAACAAGGCCGAAUAGUAGCAAGCAAAAUCGAGGGCGCGGCGCACAGACUGAAGAGGAGCGUCAAAGAGUUGUACAGUGGUGACGACAUUGACACGUCCUUCCCUGACUACAACUUGAGUGAAGUCGACGAGCUCUGGUAUGAUGCUGGCUCACUAGGCGGCUCAGCAACAGGAUAUCGGCGCACGCAGAGCUGGAACAAAUAUCGGAAAGUGCACACGCAACAACACCAGCCCGGUACGUUGCAGCGACCCGACGGAGCACCGCGACCGAAAACGUCCUCCGCGCUCCAGUUCGUCGAACGAUGACGGAACUCUGUGUCUCAGAUACAGACCCGCGGACCACGCGCUAGCGUUGCGACUUUUGAGCACAGUAAAGUCGGUCUACGAAGAUAUUUACCGAAGCGAAGGACAAUAUCUCGCGCCUCUAAAGUGCGAGCGUGUCUUUUCCGGAUCGGCGGAGCAGUCCAAGCAGGUGCGUGAGGUCUUCUCUCCCUUCGGGAUCGAGUUCACGGAAAAGCAAGCCGUGAAGAUCUUGGGAGUGGCGAUAAGUCUGAGUAGUAUGGACGAGCAGCGGGCAGCACUGCGCGCGCAGGUCAGAAGAGCGAUCGGAGCAGCACAGCACCACACAGAACAGCUAAUGGUCGCGCAGCCUCAAAUGGAUGGGAAAGAACUCCGAACAGCCGUUCAGGUCUUCUUCCUUUCGCCACUGAUCUACCGCUUGCCAGUUAUGCACCUCAUCUUCCAGCCAGAGGACUGGACGGAACUACUCACAGACAUCGCGUUUGGCGUGGCCCGGUCGCUGGGUUUCAGCUGGGAGGCAAUAGCGAAACUAGCAGAGAAGGCGAAAGUUGGAGGCGACGAGUUCUACCGAGUCAUCUUCAGCGAGAAUGUGCUAGCGCUGGUUGACCCGUAUCUGUUAGGCAUUAAGAUUCUACGAUCAGCAGCACAGGCCGGCUACUUGACGGACCCCGACCGACUAAUCAAGUGGGCGACGUUCCCGGUCACGUUUCACGGGGCUAGUAGCACGGGUUUGACAGAAGCAGACGCGGCCGACGUCGACGACAAGAACGAGGCUGGCGUAGCGCUGUUGGAAGCAACAGGAGAAGGCGCAGCGACAAGGUUACCGCCAGCAACCGACUUGCGAGUGGCGGGCUUUGUCCCGGAUCGGUCUGGACUCAGCGAGGAACCCUCACAGAGGACCGAUCACCGACGCCGCUUCUUCAAGAUCGAAGCCAACAACGCCGGCGACGGAAUCGUAUCUAUGCAGCGAAACAAACAGCGACGGAGUAGUUGUGAGGCCGUUUGUCUUACAGGUAAAAACAAAGCGGAAACAUCUGAAGACCGAAACCGGCCGGAAGGAACAGAGAGCAGUAGCAUACAUCAGCAACGUACUGUGCGCAAUACCGCAGCUGCUCCAAACGCAACAAGGAGUAGGACGCGACAGCUUCGUAAUCUCACUAGAGAACUACCAGGACCUUCAUGGAGGAACAAAGGGACCGAUCCGACGAGGACAAGGAAUCGGCCUGGACCUAGUGGAAGCAAUCGAAGGACUACAGCUCUUAGGACACCGGGUCCUCCGGAAGAACAGCCAGAGCCGAACAGAGUUGAAUGCGUCGCAGACGGUGCACGAAAUCGGACUCCGGUUCGUCAACAUCCCGGGGCACGAUAAGAACAUGGACUGGCCGAUCUACGAGUUUGGUGAGGAGCUGUUCGCCUUCGGCCCAGUGUCGUCUUGGCAGAAAAUGAACAAGAAGGAACGUAGCGACUUCUUGGCGCGGGCGCUAGGAGUAGAGACAGACGAGGAGGCGGCAGAGCGGGUUCGAAAAGAACGAGAAGCCGAGAGCGCACUGCCCGUGCCAAAGGCACCGCAGGGAGUGAGCCAGAGUAGCGGGACAAACGGCAAAAAGGCGACCAGCGGCGAGGCACCAAAGCAAAAGCAGGCGAAGGCGAAAGUGCCAGGACCAGCACCGCCACGACCAGAAGGAGAAAAAACGCCGCCACCAAAACGCAGGAAAGCUUCAGAGCGAUCGGGCGACGGCGCUGACAAAAAGAGGAAACCCAACAGAAAAGCGCCACCAGCACCGGCAGCCGCGGCAGAAGAGCAACCCCCAGCAAAAGCCCCGGCACCGAAAAAAGCAAAGGGGGCAGCCGGGCCAAAACCGAAGCCACCGGUAGCCGCGGCUGAAGGACAACCCCCGCCAAAGGCCCCGGCACAGAAAAAAGCAAAGGGGACAGCCGAGCCGAAGCCGAAGGCGCCGGAAGACAAACCACCGAAACCCAAGGCAGGCGGAAAGAAGAGACCCGCGGAGGUGGCGGAGGAACUAACGGAGGCGGCGAGCAAAAAACAGAAGCAAACCAACAAAAAACAAGACGAAGCCAAUCCGACGAGAAACAGGCCACCACCUAAGCAGAACGAGCUGCCCAGGCAAUCUGCUAGCUCUGCAGCAACAAAUACCGCAGAAGCGGCGCCGCCGAAGAGUGAGCGAGCUGAGACGAGCACGAGCCACGGAACGGAGCUGCCGGCGGAGCAGAGAGGUCGGAAGGACCCAAGAGCGGUGGACGGGCUCGACGGGGCAUCUGAAGUAAACAUGCGGGAAAUUGCGGAAACGAAAAAAAAGGAGACACCGCCGGCGCGGCCGUUUUCCAUGUUUACAUCGACGAGCCAGUUCUCGAAGGUCAGCGACCUGUUCCGCGCAGUGGAGCAGGUCAAUGAACGGACUGCACAGUCGUCAUCCGCCUCUUCCUCCUCCUUGUCCACAAAUACGAGAGUGCAGAAGAAGUAGUCCCAUUAGGUGGAUCCCACCGACAGACCCCCAGCCCGCCCCCCCCCCACCCCAUCUCGCCAUAACCCUCCCUGCCCACACAGUGGACGAAGCUCGAAUCAGCUGGCGGGGAGCAACUGUCCGACAACAAGGGCUGUAAAAGAAGCAUCCGCGAAAAUAACAAGCGCGAACUCUCAGCAACCACCGGGCUGCAGCAUGCCAUCCGCUAACUCGCGGCUGGUCAUCAACAAACGAAAGCGUCUAAGUCGAGUCGAGUUAUCCAAAAACGAAAACGAGCACGAAAGUGUCUGCACAGCGUAGCGGGUAACUUUAUGAAAGAAAAAAAGGAAGGUAAAAAAAAAGUCGAACUUGAUCUGCGACCUGAUCUGCCUGCUAAGGUAUGCUACCUGAGGCGCCUCCAUGUUCCUGUUCGAGCGCGGCGACGAAGACGAAGCACGAGAGCAAGCACGCGGAGGGAUGCAGAGAAAAAGAGCGGAACUUCAGAAAUGCGUGGCCUCUUGCCCGUUCCCUUCUACUUUUUGUUUUGUUCUUGCUCCCCGAAAGGGGGUUUCCUGUGGGGGGGGGUGCGGGAAGUCAGAAAACAAAUGGCACGAAAGACGCCUGCUAACGAGCUGAUCAAGAUAAGGAAAUGCCUCAGCUGUAGGCAGGGCACUGCGAGGUCAUGCGAAAGAAGAGGCAUUAGUGUGAUUUCCUUCCUGGCAGGUGCGAUCGAGGUGCAAGCUGCGAUGGCUGUGUGUGUUAUGCAGUGGCGCGUAAAAAACUACAACAGAGAAGCAAGGCAAAAAAGAUCAAGCUCGGGCCGCGCGCGAUGCUCGUCCCAUUCGUUUUUUCCGCCGGUUCACUUCCUUCAUCAGGGCCUUGCUCAACCCUGGACCAGAACGAGUAGGACCAAGGACCCAAGAGGGAGGCACUGCAGCGGAAAGUUGGAGCAAAACUAUUCUUUUUGAAAAAGAACCCAAUAGGAGCCGACCUGCGUGGAUGGUUACAAAACAGGUAGCUUGACCCCAAAUGGCAAUGAUCAUUGGGAGCAGCAGAGCGCAGCAGGACCCCGGGACUGCAACAGCUCACCCCUGUUUUAGCUUAGAAAUACGCAGUGCGCCGAGUAUGCCGCUACCUCGACCCCUCAAUCAGGCGGACGGCCCGGGGCGGGGAUGCUGACGAAAUUCGCGCUAUAAUCUGGCUAAAUUUUUCCGCAGGCCGCGCAGCUUUUCGGCCCCACAUUGAUGGGCCGCGCGCCUUUGCCCGGCCUGCGCCCGCCUCGUGCGUGGGGCGGCCGGGCGCCGGGGGCGUUCCGCGGCUUCGCGCGAGGCCCUUUGCGCUCCUUUUUCGGCGGUGCCCCCCGUGGCGCCGCCCUCGAGCGAUUUAAAAUUUAAAAAUUCGGAGUGGUUUCCGUCCGAAUUUUUAAAUUUUGCAAAGGCCGGCCCGCGCCCCUGCCAGCUUCGCGGCCCCGCGCCACCGCCCGCCGGGCGAGUUCGCCGCGCUGCCGGACCCCCGGAUCCGGAAUUCGGGGAAGCUAAAUCGGACGGAUAAAUCUUUUUGAUUUUCCGCAGAAAUUUGGCUAACCGGACGCCUAAAAUGCCGCUAAAAGUGCGCUAACUUCCCCGCUAAGUAUGUCGCUAAAUAUGUCGCUAAGUAUCGCGCUAAAUGUGUUGCUAAAUCCGACAACAGGGAAAUCCCACUGGAUUUGGAUCCGCGGACCAAAUUUAGAAGAUUCCCGGUCGGAAUUUAGAACACAUUUAGAACGAUAUUUAGACACAUAUUUAGACACAUAUUUAGACACAUAUUUAGAAGCAUUUCAAUUGGACUUCAGCCGCACCUUCCACCCGCGAUCCGAUCGCGUGUGAAAGGUCCAGCUGACUCUCCGGGGGCGGAGGGCAAGGCGUUCUUCCGUCGAGCGCGGGACGUAAGCUCCGCGCGCAAGCUUGGGUAGGUCGGCGGGCGUUGACUUGAAGUUGCCCGACCGCUCCCGGCAAGCAAGGUCCGCAGCAAGGUUCCAAGCUCCCCGGGCGUGAUGGCCGGGUGGCCGCGCCGCACGGCCCGGGCCGAGCGAAGGCCCCGGAGCCCGCUCUGCGGCGCUUGGCAGAGCGGGGGCGGCGGUUGGUUUCCCGCGGGCUUUUUCUGCUUUGCCUCUUAGGCAGUUUCCUGUCUUUGGGGCCAAACUAUUUAGCGGGAAAAUAGAACAAAUUUAGCGCGUUACACCGCCCCGCCUCGUCCGUCUGACCUCAAGAAAAGAAGUAGCCCCCCCAACUACAAACUCGCCGUCCGCGAUCAGGAUACGAUGCGUACUAACCAACAUUGUGCGAACCGAGAUCCCGCGGGGCACAGGGUCUGGGCGGCUCGAAGCAGAACGUGCAGCACAAGCGGGAGACAACACAUCCAAAGGUGGGGAUGGUCUCAGGUCGUUCAGGUCCGCCAAGGGUUGCGUCUCGCUAUCAGGGUUUCGCCAACUCCGUGGGGGCGUUGCGGGUAUCUCCCUAAAACACCAAAACCGGCACAAAUUGGGCCGGCAGUCCGGGUAAUUGCUCACCAGCCGGCUUGUAUGGCGAAUAAGGUGCUCGACGAAGAAGAAAUAAGCAUGUAAUUAGCACCUCCGGUUGGUAGAGCGAUCGGCUACCGAGGCACGUCAGGGGGCGUCGCUACUUCAAUUCAAAUGCAAAAUCCGCAUGACAAUCUCCUGCAUUCUUCCUGACCCAGACAUUCUUGUAUUUCAUACGAGGUCGCCAAGCGCAACCUGCGUGGGUCUCCUGCGCAACAGGUUGGCGGGAUGGCGGAAACCGGUGGGUAUUUUUCCCGUGCGGAUUUGACGGCGUUUUCGUUUCCGGUACUCCUCUAUCCCGUGCAAAUAUUGAUCUGGGUCUGGAAAAUUGAUGUCACGCUAAGACAUCAUGACUGACGAAGUUCGUCCCAAUCAUGACUGACGAGGUGCAGAAGUUACCCAGCUAAGCAUGACAAAUUUUCGAGAAGAAGUUCUAUGUCGCACUCGCGCCGCUGUGUUAGAAGUUCUAUAGCUUAUAAACUUGUUGAGUCCUCAGAAGUUCGCUGUUUGCAUUGCAAAGUGCCACUGCUAGAUCAUGGUGUUGCGCAACGUGCAUGAUUACUUAUGUAUGAUACCGGGUGCGCUUUUUUAGUACCUGAGGAACCUGACAUAUUUGCAAUGUAUAUCAUGCUGCUUUCGGCGGGAAGCCUUUUGUCUCUCGCCCUGCACCGAUGGUGUCUGCGGCGCAGAAUCUAAAGCCGCAAAAAGAAGAUUUUCGAUUUAAGAAUUUUUUAAUUGCUGCUUCCAAACUUUAACUGUGGACUGCAAAUCAAGUCUGAAAACAUCUUUGCCAAACUUCUAACUUUGUCGAGCAAAAUUAGAAUCAGAGCCGUAUCCUAAUAAAUUCUAGUGUCCUCAGAAGGGCGUCGAUCGGCAUGUUUUAUUUUCCUUGCGUGCUUAUUUGAGAAAAAACAAAAAGCUACCCGCGAUCAAAUACCGAACCGGCAAAGAGACGAUAAAAUACACUAACAUGUAUCGUUUUUACGAACCUGUUGAUGAUUACUUACAGCUGCACCUUGCCUUCACCUCGCGUGCUGUGACACUUUUGAAAUUAUGACCCGCUCAGCUGUUACAAUCUCGAACGUUGCAAUUAUAGAGUCUGGAUUUUUUGUUGCAUAGAGAGCAGGAGGAACAUGCAGAGCUUUGCCUACUUUGCGGUUUUCGCAAUACAAAUUUCGCGAGAUUCUUAUGUGGUUUGGAGCUCCGGAACUUGUCAUGCGCAAUCUCGUGGAAGUAGGCUAGAUCAUGCACUUUUUGCAUCUCAGAUUUCCAUUGUAUUGUAACCCUUGAGCAAAAAGUUAUUGUAACACCUGAGCGGGUUAGAGUUAGUAUAGAAAUGCUGCCCAAUAAUUUUUACAACGUGCUCUGCCCACCCGUGUAGCUGACCACCUUUUUUUUUAACCCGCUUUACUUCCACUGUAAAGCGUUUCAAUGUUCCGGAUGGAAUGGUAUGGUAGGCACCAUGCCCUAGAGUGUUUCGCCUUGCGUUAUGUGAUCAAGACUUACACCCACGUACGUUGAACUCUAAUGCACCACCAACGAAUCGAAUUUGAAAUUUGUUUUCGGAUUUGCAAAAAAAUUUUCACUUUUUAUAGUAGCGAAUCGUUUAUUUUAUCACCAAAAGCUGCACCCUGCCGUCACUUCUUUGUGCUCUAACCCAGUUUUUAUUUGCCUAAUUUUGAACAUGAUGCUCUGCCCACCCGUGCAGCUGGCCACCUUUUUUUUUGGAAGCUGCCUGUCUAUCCUCUUGGAGGGUUGAUAGCGUGGCUCACUUCUUAAUCAAUCUUUUGAUAAACUAAAACUAACACUUAGAAAGAUAUUGUCUCGCUUUCCUAGCAGAUGCAGAAUCCCAUGUAACUUUGUAGUUCGACGUACAAAUAAUACAAUCUCGAAAGGAGGAAGCUCGAAAUUCAGCAUGACAAUCCUAUUGACGCAGUUUCAUCGACUGGGUAGCUGCGAAAGCAUUCGCAAUCCCACAGCUGCUCGACGUGCAGCCACAAGUUGUCUGCAGAUUGUUUGCGUGGCUUAAAAAUCGGAACAAUGAUUGAAUACUGUCUGCCAAGCAGAAGUAAGCAGGAGCCUAACACCUGCCUAUAUUGCGCGCUAGUUGUAUAUUCACUCUUGAAAAAAUUCAAGGGAAUCUAUGUGAAUACCUGUACCGGUUCAGCUUCCGAGAAAUGAAAAUUGCGUUUCCUGGCACGACACCCUUUUUACAGAUCCACAUUAUACUAGAAUAUCAAGGGUCGCCGAACAGAAAGAAUAGAAAGACCAAAGUGUCGCUGUCUUUUCUGAAAUGAAUUUUUUGUAAAUAAAACGGUUUCGCUUCUAAACAAUUUCAAACAGAAACGUGGACAUCCUGUAUAGAUGCAUGAAAAAAGUUCGGCUGGCAUCGCUACCGCAACGGACAUGGCGACAGCGGCUUUAUACAUAGCAAGGGCUCAUCAACACAGCAUGACCUUGACUAAGAAUUCCGUAAUGUACUGUACAAUACUAAAAGUAAAACGAUGUCAAAAAUGCUGCCCUGAGUGCCGUUUCCCUGUGGGAAUACUCGUGUUUACCCUGUAUGAUAUAGCGGAUUCAUGAAUUGCAUAGUUGUGCCUGUGGCACUACAGCCUCUGUUCAUCAUAGAUACAGAGCGAUUGCGACACGAGCUGCAUAUUUUUUUCCUACACCAUCACCAUCUAUCACACGAAAAAAUGCAACUGGGAUAUAAACAUUUUUCAUGAAAUAAAAUGCACCCCUGUACAUACUUGAAAAACACCGCCUCCUCAUUGCGGCACGGCAAGCGAAACCGUGCUCACGAACAUAAACUGCCUUUAGGACGACAAGUUGAAGCGGCAAGCCAGAAAUUACCUUUUGUGUUCUCGUCACAGGUACUACGUGGAACAUCUGUGCUGCAAUCACAAAAGCCACACCGCUGAUGAAUGAAUAUGAAUUUUAUAUGAGAAAAUGAGAAUGAUGCACUGCAUCUGCAUCACAAAUUGAAGUUUAGGAAUAAUGUCGCUUGCCAUGUUAUUGCAUCCAUCUUCCGCCCUGAAGGAAAAGCAUUGUUCCCCCUGCAAACGACGCAGUCUAGUUUGUGUGGAUGCCGCAACUGUGAUUAAAGUUCAAGUUUUUCACAGAUAACGAUGAACAAACCGCAAUGGUCGUGCCGUUGAAAUGCAAUCAUCCAUACUUUUAUUUGAAUAAUUUGCAUUUCAAAGACCAGAGGACGAUGAAGAGCAAUAAAAAAAUUGCAUUUUGUACAAGCGCACGCAAAAUCGCACUUUUUUGCCCUUUUUAUUCAAUGUUUGGCGUGUCGGGAGGUCGUGCUUGCUGGUCUAGGUUUUGGUGCUGUUUCGCAUAUUGAGGAUGUCCAAAACACGUAAGCAAAGCCGCGGCAAACGGAUAUUAAGCAACAGGCUCGAAGACCGGAGCAGGAACCUUUCGGUUCAACACGGCCAUUGUGAUGAAUGUCGAAAAGCAU